UUGUGUUGGAUGCCGGCUCCGGGACGCGCAACCGCACGGAAUUUUCCUGCUAGCUUGUUCUGCGAUGCAGGCAAGUUUUCAAACUCUCCUAUUGCUCCACGCCAUCAAGUCUCCGAUCCCGUUCCUCGCCUUCCUUCCUUCGGUCGUCGCGUUGGACCGAUCGAACCUUCCAAUUGACCGCCCGGCCGGCCGCCCCCGGACGUUACGCCGCAAGAGGAAAUGCGCCGCGCAGCCAUCCAUUAAUAAAGCAGCCGUUCCUCGCCGUGCGUGCCAGAGGAAGAGCGGCCGUCUCUAGCUAGCGAUAGCGAGUAGCAGCGCGGCGCAGCGCGCGACGUCUCAAGCUCGCAGGCCGGGGCGCGACGCAGUUGGAUCGAGCGGCGGCGGGAUGGCGGGGCAGUCGGAGGCCAUGAUCGAGAAGAUGCAGCUGCGGCAGGGCUACCGCAACGUCUGGCACACCGACCUCACCAACGCCGUCGCGGCGGACCUCCCAUGGUGCUGCCUAUCGCUGUGGUGCGGCCCGUGCGUGUCCUACAUGCUGCGCAGACGGGCGCUCUACAAUGACAUGUCAAGGUACGUGUGCUGCGCCGGGUACAUGCCGUGCAGCGGCAAGUGUGGCGAGAGCCAGUGCCCAGAAGUGUGCCUCGCCACCGAGGUGUUCUGCUGCUUCGGCAACUCGGUGGCGUCCACCCGGUUCCUGCUGCAGGACGAGUUCAACAUCCAGACGACGCAGUGCGACAACUGCAUCAUCGCCUUCAUGUUCUUCCUGCAGCAGCUCGCCUGCAUCUGCUCCCUUGUCGCCUGCAUCGUCGGCAACAGCGAGCUAUCCGACGUCGCGAGCGUCAUCUCCUGCAUGUCUAACUUAGUCUACUGGACGGUCUGCUCGUGUAUGCAGACGCAGCACAAGGUGGAGAUGGACAAGAGGGACGGCACGUUCAGCACCAUGUCUGUGCCUCCGAUGCAGCAGAUGUCACGCUGGUAAAGGUGCGAGUGACAUGUCGCGCUUCCAUCUGCCGGUCCAGCCAAGUCAGAUACGGAUAUAAGCAGCUACGAACCAUCUUGUUAGAACGAGGAUUAGUUUUUCAGGAGAAGGAAUAGAGAGACAACAGAUAUGGAUACCGUCUCCUGUUUGUUUGGGUGAUCUUCGUGUGUUAAGCGAGUUUUUGAGGUGUGAUUUCCGAACAUUGAUCCUCGUCUUUUCUGUUCCUGACACAUACUGAACUUCAUAGCAAUAAGAUGAGGCAAUGAGACUGCAUUUGCAGUUCUCCA